AUGGAUGAUCGCGACUCCCUUACUGAGGUUUCGGACCCGGUAGGGGCUCGUGGCGUCUCGCUGACUGAAACCGACGUGAAUAUCAGUCCAUUCAUUACUUUGCAGCACAAGAUUAGUGAUGCUUACAGGAAAUACACCGGUUAUGGCGAGAUCAUUGCGAAGGAAGGGCCAUUGGCACCACAAUUCAGCGACUUGAUUAGUUGGUUCGAGAUGGAAAGGGCAGCCGCUAGAAUCUUUAGCGAGCCGCGCCCGCGCAUUAUCGAUGGCAACGUCAAUGAAUCCAUCGAAUGGACCGAUGUGCUUCGUGAAGCACCCACUCCUGGCCAUUUUCAACUACAAGAGAAUGGCAUGUACCGAUGCAGAGUUCGGGGAAGCCUGAUCGAGCUCGAUGAGGCCAAUUACAUCGAAAUCCUUGCCGGCGUCACAGAACCACAUUUGCAGCCAUUGAACAUGUUAUCGGACGAGCAGAAGGAGACUCGGGUGCGCCUCAAGCUAUUCACCUACCUAAACCAGACACACCAGUCUCUCAUCCAAUUUGCCAAUGCAGUUCAUACAUCUUUAAACCUUCUGGAUCCAACUCCGCCCAUUCAUGCUGCGAGCUCUAGUUCCACUAAAAACGAUGGAGUUCCUCAACUGCAAAUCCCUGGGGUUGCUAGGAAUGAUCUGGCUGAGCCCGAAACAUCCAAAGUUUCUCAAAUCAACCACAUCGGCACACCCCAGAUUUCGGAUGAGACCGCUGGGCUGCGUUUAUACAAACUCGCCAUAGAGGCCAGCCGUAUGUCACACAGCAACAAUUUCAAUGCUGGAUCGGUCGGCGGCAAUAUCCCCUCCUCCAUGGACAACACUGAGCUCGGAAACACGAAUACUAACGCCAAUGCCAACGUCAAUUCCAAAGGCAAUUCAAAUGCCAAUACUAAACCGUCUGGCCUCACUUCCGAGAUGACUUCCCACUCAGCCCAAUCCAAGGGACACCAAGCUGAGUCCCUUCCCAUGGAGUCUGGAAGCAACUCUCCAAGCAGGCCACAAUUGAGGUUCAUGAGAUACUCUCAAUUUGAGAAGGACGAGGGACGAGCAUUUUUGAAGUCCCUGAUUGACAAAGGAUCUACUGGCCCCGAAAUCGAACUAGAAUACUACAACAUGUUCGGAGCUUCCCGGAGUAUGGGUGCUCUCCUCCAGCGAUUCAAAAUGAAAGGUUCUUGGGCAUUGUAUCCCGAAUACAAGAAAAGCAAGGACUAG